CAGUUUUCGAUAGUUUCUUGAACAGAAUCGUAAAAUGAAGACCUUCUUUGUGUGUUUAGUUCUUGCGGUAGCCAUCGUGGCAGUUUCAGCCAGCGGUGAAGAAAAGCGUAUUAAGCGAUCCCUGGACGCUUUGUUGAACAUUAAAUCAAGCCUUUUGGGUUCUUUGAGCGGAGGUGGUGGUGGUGGCGGUGGCGGUUCAGGCGGCUGGGGUGGAUCUUCAGGUGGUUAUGCUGGAGGUUACUCCGGUGGCUACUCAAGCGGUGGAUCUUCGGGCGGCUCAGCCCCAAUCACCAUUAUAAAGGUUAUCGGUUCAUCCAAUGGAGGUGGCGGUAGCGGUGGAUACUCUGGCGGCUAUGGCGGAGGUUCAUAUGGUGGAGGCAGUUCAUAUGGUGGAGGUUCAUACGGAGGUAGAUCAUAUGAUAGUGGUUCAUAUGGAGGCAGUUCACAUGGAAGCGGCUCAUACGGACAAGGAGGAUACAGCUCCGGAGGCUAUGGUGGUGGCAGCUCAAUCCCAACAAUUUCCAUAGUUAAGGUUAUUAGUGCUGGCGGUCUAGGAAGCGGCGGUUACUCCAGCGGUGGUUACGGAGGAGGCUCAAGCUACUCAAGCGGUGGUGGUCAUGGAGGCUACUCAAGCGGUGGUGGCCACGGAGGCUACUCAGGCGGUGGUGGUCACGGAGGCUACUCAAGCGGAGGAGGCUGGGGUGGAUCUUCCGGAUGGUAGAUUUUUUUUAAACACGAACCAAACCUAAUUUAUUAGAAUUAUGUCCUACAAUGAAGUGCAAAUAUAAAUAUACAAACUAAAAUAAUCAAAAAAGUAAAAAAAUGCG